UUCCAGCCCAAGGGGACUCCAUAGAGGGUAACCUUAAGGAGCUUGUUGUAUGAGGCAGAUACAAGGCCAAGCCUAAACGAUUGACUUUUCCUUAAUGAGUUUCUUGUUAGGUGACUGCAAAUUACCUCCAUAAAGUAGGGAAGAGUAGUGAGGUGGGUCUCAGUUAUGGGAUUCAACGGUUGAGGUAAGUCUUGUUGGAGGGCAAGAACAUGCUGCCGCUAACGUGGCAGAACAACUUAGGCAAGCAGAGAUCAUGAUUUGCUGAGGCUCAACGACGGGUGCUUCGAGGGCCGGUAAUGUGGAUGCCCCUGGUUCGGCCAGCUGCGGAAGAAUUAUUGCUACUGCAAGAGCUCCUAGAUGGGCGAUGCAGAAUAUGCCCAUCCGGCGAGUCAUGGGUGACAUGCUCAAUUUGCCAACUGGAAAUGUGUUGAUCAUCAAUGGUGCGCAGAAUGGGUAUCAAGGCUGGGGUAAGGCGAAAAACCCCGUCCUGAGCCCAGUCCACUACACGGUUGCCCGGAGGACGUUCCAGGUCUACGAAGACCACCAUUCCUCGCAUGUAUCACUCCACAGCCAACUUGCUCUCGGACGGAAGGAUCCUCGUCGCUGGUAGCAACACAUAUAUAUUCUACACAUACCGUGGAGCCUAUCCCACUGAGUUACGAGUGGAGGCCUUUUCUCCACCGUACCUGGCCGCCGGACUCGACACUGAGAGACCAGUUAUUAGAGAGUUCCCGAAAGGCAUCAAAUAUCAGCAAGUGUUUGUCAUUACUUUUACAGUACGGCGAAGGGUGGGCGCAGUAGCGGUUAACAUGUUGAAUGCCCCAUUUGUGACCCACUCGUAUGCUCAAGGCCAGAGGAUGGUGAAACUGACGACUGCAGCUCCUGUGAGGCGAGGUACUAAUUGGUCUGUGCAGGUAACUGCCGUUCCUGGGAACACAAUCGUCCCCCCCGCAUGGUAUAUGGUGUUUGUCGUCCAGAAUGGCGUCCCAUCCAAAGGUGUCUGGAUAAAGCAAAAUAACUUACAUAGAAUUCAUAGGUUGUGUAACUGGUACUGAUUGUGUGUUUCCACUAUUAGUUGCGAGGUAGCAUUAAUAUGUACAUUUUGUCAGGUCAAGCAUAGCUGCUGUUG